AAGAAAGUUCUUGUGGAAUCGAAGUAGAAUUUCAUAAGAGCAUAAUGGAUGGAGAAGAGAAAACCUAUGGUGGCUGUGAAAGCCCUGAUGCCAUGUAUGUCAAAUUAAUAUCUUCUGAUGGUCACAAAUUUAUUGUACAAAGAGAACAUGCACUAACAUCGGGAACAAUAAAAGCCAUGUUGAGUGGGCCAGGUCAGUUUGCGGAGAAUGAAACCAAUAAUGUCAAUUUUAGAGAGAUCCCUUCACAUGUGCUAUCAAAAGUAUGCAUGUAUUUUACCUACAAGGUUCGCUACACUAACAGCUCUACUGAGAUUCCUGAAUUCCCAAUUACACCUGAAAUUGCACUGGAACUGCUGAUGGCUGCCAACUUCCUAGAUUGUUAAAUAAAUUACAAUAAACUGUUAAUUUUUUCAGUAUU